ACAGAUACACGCGUAUUAUGUUAUUAAAAGUGUUGAGACUGCGCACGAGUGAUGUCGCGUGAUAUGUUAAAUGUUAAUUAAAAGUGUUAUGUUAAAGUGUAAGUGUUCAAGUGCAAGUGUGGAAUCACGAGUGUGAAUAAAGUCUAGGUCAGCGGUGCAGUAGUACAAAUAAUAAAUUACAAUGAUACCAAGAUGGCGACAGAUAUUGAUAAAAAUGUUCAUAGUUCCCCAGCGGUACAUCCUGGGCAUCAUGGGUCUGCUGGCGAUGUGCAACGCCUACACCAUGCGCGUGUGCCUCAACCUGGCCGUCACUCAGAUGGUCAACAACACCAAAGACGGCGAAUUCCACUCAGACCCCGACGCUUGUCCCGACGAGAGCGAGAUUUUGACGAACUCGACGAUCUAUUAUAAGCCUCAUGCAAUAUUCGAUUGGUCGGAGUCGACGCAAGGGUUGAUCCUCAGCGGUUUUUACUACGGGUACGCCAUAACUCACAUCCCGGGGGGUUACCUGGCGGAGCGGUACGGAGGAAAAUGGACCUUAGGACUGGGGCUAUUGAGUACAGCUAUCUUUACCCUGCUCACGCCGAUCGUCGUCAAAGCUGGAGGGGCAAUCGCCCUGUUCAUUCUCCGAGUUUUACAGGGCAUGGGAGAGGGAACAACAAUGCCAGCGCUCAUGAUAGUGUUAGCGCGGUGGGUACCACCUCACGAGCGCGCUAGACAAGGAGCGGUGGUAUUCGGCGGGGCUCAGAUCGGGAAUAUCUUCGGUUCCUUCAUGUCCGGUUUUCUGAUGGCCGGAGACGGGGACUGGGCAAACGUGUUCUACUUCUUUGGAUGUUUCGGGAUACUGUGGUUCUUGUUUUGGAGUGUCCUCUGCUACAGUACUCCAAACACUCACCCGUUCAUUUCACCGGAAGAGCUCAAGUACCUCAACGAGACCGUGACCAGCUCCGACGUGGGCGGUGUACGGAACCCUGUACCCUGGAAGGCCAUAGUUCGGUCUGUGCCAGUAUGGGCUCUGCUGUUUGCUGCUAUUGGGCACGACUGGGGCUACUACACGAUGGUCACUGACUUACCGAAGUACAUGACAGAUGUGCUCAAGUUCAACAUCGCCACAACGGGCACCCUGACUGCCAUGCCGUAUUUAGCCAUGUGGUUCAGCGCCUUCUUCCUCGGCUGGCUCUGUGAUCUCUUCGUGAAGAAGGGCUGGCAUAGCAUCAAGAUGGGGAGAAUCAUUCAUACGACUAUAGCUGCUACGGGACCAGCUAUAUGCAUUAUACUAGCGUCAUACGCCGGCUGCGACCGUUUCGCUGCGGUGGCGUAUUUUGUCGCCUCUAUGGCGCUCAUGGGAGGUUUCUACAGUGGCAUGAAGGUGAACGCGCUAGAUCUAGCUCCCAACUACGCUGGCUCCCUCACCGCCAUGAUCAAUGGUACUUCUACCAUUUCUGGCAUCAUCACACCGUAUUUGAUUGGACUUCUAACACCAGACUCAACCCUCGUGCAAUGGAGGCUGGCAUUUUGGGUGUGCUUCGCGGUGCUGGUCGGCACCAACGUCAUCUACUGCAUAUGGGCAGACGGUAAACAACAGUGGUGGGACGAUGUCCGACAGUACGGGUACCCAGCAGACUGGUCCCAUGGUCCCCUCAAAAUGGCGGAGGUAGAUAAAGAGAAGAACAAGCAGAAGGAGGCACAGGGUACUUCGUUAUAGAAGAGGAGCUGUGUCACAAGCAGUAGCCUUACCCAUUACGAGGCCCCUGGUCUUUGCGAGUGUUCGCCACCCUAGGGCCGCCACUGGUCAUAAGUGUAGAAGACUCUUCAUUCAAUGUGCCAAUUUGG